AUGCCAUCCAAGCAAUUCGAUUUGGGUGAUUUUUCAACCGUCAUGUUACCUGAGCCAAGCAAAGGAAAGAAGAAGCCAGAUAUUGAGGACAAGGACAACGCAAAGAAAAGCGACAAGCGACGAAAUUCGCUCACUGAUUCGUCAACGUUCUCAACUUCCACGUCGUCAAACAGCAGUAGUGUAGAUAGUGACGAGGCGGUCAGUUGGCUUGGGACUUUGUGCGACUCUAAAGGGACCAUGACAGUGCCCACAGAAGGUGUGGGCAGCCCAGAAGAGCAAGGAGUGAAAACCGAACUGGAAAAGUUUCGUCGACCGAUUCGAACCGACAAUUCGCCAGCUGAGGAGUAUCGUCGACUUCAUGGUUUCAGGAGCUUAGCAGAUGAUCUUAACAAUGUUUUCUCGACCCAAAACAAACAAGGCAAUAACGAAAAUACCAAACCUUCUGUGAUACAAACCAAGAAGAGGGUUGAGAAGCUACGAAAAGAACGUGAGAAGAAGGACAGGAAGGAGCGCGAAAGGGCUGCUGCAGCGAAGAAAGAAGUGGAAAAUCUGGAAGCGAACCGACAGUCAGCACUGUUUGAAUGUGAGAAAGAAAGAUGUGUACGGGAAAUGGUUAGGUGUAACCAGCGUCGUGGUCAGCACACUCUUGGACCAGUUCAUUACGGGUCAACUAGUAUGAUGUCGUCAAUGGAUUCGUCUUUCUCCAUGCCGAAUGAAACUGUACGGAUGGCCAAGCAGGAGGAGAAACUCCGAGCCUGCGUCGGUUUUGGAAUCGCAGCCACUGGAGUGUAUGAUCACCUUCCAAAGAUUGCAUGUGCUAGAGUGGCAAAACCUCCUUAUUAUUCUGAUCUUGUUGGAGCUCACAAAGAGAAUUGGAGGGAAAGUUAUCAAGACUCUUAUUUGCGAGAGCAUAACCACAUUGGAGCGCUUUACGUGGAAAAGGAUGCCUUGGAAGGUGUGGCAAAGGCGAUGGAAACUAUUGCUUCUAUGGGUGACUCUGUCUACUCAAAUAAGUGGCUAAGGAAGCUUCUUAUGCUGGUUUUACGUGGAAAAAUCCGGAAG